CAGGAAUAUCCAUUUUCGACCUGCGGAAGUUGCUCGAAGCAAGUCCAUGUGUAUAUGAAAAGUUAUUGGUAAAUUUGGGACUGGUAGUGCCAAGCUGGUUUAAAUUCUAGAAGAAAUGGCAACAAACCAACCGCCAGUAUUGUGAUGGCGGCUCUUCAAAGAUGAAUGCCUCUGACAGAGUAAAGAAGAUCGUAGAGGAGGAGGAGUGGACUGCACGAAAUAUCAAACUCUAUCAUGUGCCAGUACAAGAUAAACAGCAAGGCACAGCUGUUCUGGCAAGAAUACCAACUGAAAAGGAUCUUCAUCGUAUUGCCAGUUCAGUCGGAUUCAACUGGGAAAUGCUUGCACCUUACCUUUUAGGAAAUUUAGGAAAUGCCAUGGCUAAGGUAGAGCAAAUAAAAGAAGAUGGUCACAAUGAUAUUGUGGCAUGUACAUAUCGGCUGCUUCUAACCUGGAGAAGACAGGCUGCACCAGACACAAGACUUGGUCAUUUGUUCUAUCUGAUGCUUCAAGUUGGUACCUCUGUGAAUAUACAAUGGCCGGCUAUAGCAGAGUACCUAGAUAUAGAGGAAAGAGAUAUAAGGGCAUGUAAACAUGGUUACAAGCCACCUGAAGAGGACAAAGGCUUGGAUAUUUCAGAUUCGGAACAAAGUGAUUUAGAUCUUGACGUCUUAACACAGAAGCAGUAUGAGAUUGCUAUCAAAGAGGGUAAAGAAGAAGAUAAGACAAUCAAAUUAAUGAUAAUAGGAUGUUAUGGACAAGGGAAAACUACGUUGGCAAGAAGAUUAUUAGCACAAGAUGUUGAUGGAAUAGACAGUACAAACGGCAUAGAUAUCCACAAUGUUGCUUGUACGCAAAAUGGAGCUGUAUGGGAAAGUCGGCAAGAUGAAAAUUUACAGUACGAAAGCUUGAAAAGACUUGCAAUGAUUAAUGUUUCAGAAAAUUUGUCAUCCUUAGGUUCUGAUAAUGAGAAAGUAUCAGAAAUUAAUCCCUCUGCAGAUAUUGAAACAUUAGGUACAAUGAGCAAUGAUUCUUUACCUUUAUCCCAAAAUGAAAGUGAAUCAAAUCAUUUACCAUCUAAGACAAGUAUUGAUAUUAAACUCUUUCAGAAGUUAAAACAGGAGUUACAUUUAACUAAAGAUGAAAAGACGCAAAAGGUAUCAUUGUGGGACUUUGGCGGACAGUUUGUAUUCUAUGCUACGCACCAACUCUUCCAUUCAAGAGAUGCAGUUUAUUUAUUGGUGUUUGAUCUGCAUAAAGGGCUUGAUUCCCCAGUAAUCGAUGAGGACUACCCUGGUGGUACACAUCCUUUAGUGAAAUCUAUGAAGGAUUAUAUUGAGUUUUGGAUUACUUCAGUUCAUUCUUAUGUCGGGAACAAAGAUGCUACACAUCCACAGGUCAUUUUGGUCGGAACACAUAAAGAUCAAAUUAAAGAUGAAAAAGAGGCUGAUGAAUAUUUCGAAAGUAUCAGGGAAAUGUUUGAUGGUCGUAAAUUAGGAAAUCAUAUCUACCCUGAGUGUUUUGCAGUUGCAGGAAAGGAUCCGACUGAUGACCAAGUAGAUCGUCUUAGAGAGACAAUAAUAAAGAUAGGAAGACAAAAUAAGCAAGUGAUACCUGCUUGCUGGAUACCUCUGGAACUUGAAUUGAAACAAAGAAACAACGAAAACAUCAUAACUUUUCAGGAGGUGAUAGAAAUAGACAAAGUAAUGGACCAGCCGAUAGGUUCAGCAAAUCAGGUAAAGUCUUUUCUGAAGUUCCACCAUGCAAGAGGCACAUUUAUCUAUUUUGAUGAAGGCGAACUAACAGAGUAUGUCGUUGUAAAUCCGAUAUUUAUCGUUGAUGCUUUUAAAUGCAUCAUUACAUCCGGUAGAUUUUGCAAAUGCGAUAGAAACCUGAGACCGUUAUGGAAAAAGCUUACUGUGCACGCAAUUCUGGAGCCAGACCUCCUGAAGGCUGUUUGGGGACACGAUGCUGAAAAUCGAUUUGUCAAAUGGAGAGAUGUUCUUAUUGCCAUUUUGAAAAGACAUAAGAUCAUUGCUGAAGCACUGAAGUUAGAUGAAAAAUCUGAAAACGUUUCAACUCUUGGUUACUUCAUAGUACCGAGUUUCUUGAGAAAAUCAAGGCACAACGAGAUAGAAGCAUUCUUGGAAGGGCGAAACUGUACUUCAGUUUCUCUUGUUUUUGAAUUUGACAAUGAAGCAGUGGUGCAAACAGUAUUUCAAAGGAUUACGGGUGCAGCGGUAGGGACUUGGUCUGUGGUUGACUUUCAAGAAUGCAAUUUGCUGUUUGAAAAUGCAGGAGUGUACAGACUAAAUCUGAGCUAUGCAGGGAUGAUUGUAUUUGUGAAAAAUACAAUAGAAUUGCUCGUUGUUCACAUGUGCCCAGGAGAAAAGAUCUCUUUCGAAGUUCCAGACUUCUUUCGUCGAUUUGUUGAAAACGUUAUCAAGAAUGAAUUCAGAAAGCUUAACAGCGCUGAUGUCUCUGAGCUCCAGUCAUUCAAGAUUGCUGUAAGGUGCCAACACAGUCUUCACAAAUGUAAAGGAAGUAAAGCAACUCAUGACCUUGAAAUGUUGAAAAGCCAGUCCGUGAAAAAGGUGUGCUGUCCUGACAAUUUGGCACAUGAAAGCCUUCAUAUUGACCGUAUAUUGCAAGAAUGGUUUCUGUAUAAGAUUACUAACAAAGUAGUACCACGACGUAGGUUAUCACAGCAAGAAUUUGUUUUGUUGUCUUCCGCCAUAGGAUCUGAAUGGAAACUAUUUGGACUGCUACUAGAAGUUGAUGAAGUAGCUAUACAACAUAUAGAGAUGGACAUUCAGAGAACGGCUAUGAGAAUUUAUGAAAUGCUUCAGACUUGGAACCAGGAAAAGAAGGAUGAAGCUACGUUAGAUGUUUUGGUGGACGCAAUUGACAAACUACCACCGAACACAGUCAAGUUGGACGUUGUAAAAAAUUUGAUUGAUAAUAUCUGAUGGCAGUAAGGCUCAUAUAGAUUAGACUUAUAUAGUUGUAACACUUGUAUGUAAAAUACAAGGUACAGUUGGAAUCCUAGGCAAACAUCUUACAAAAAUAACUAAAACGAAACUAUGAACUACUGCAGGUCGGGAUCUACGUCGUAUUGGUCCCGCUUACUUGGUACAAGACCUCGCAGGUGAUAUUUGACUCAACAACAUUAGGUCUGGCAACUUUGGUUCAUUCAUAAAGGUUUGUAACGUACAGUGCUAAUCUGUACAAUAUGCAUGGUAAAACAUUUUAUGAAUCGUCUCGAUCUCGAUAAUGAUGACAAUAUGAUAGUGGAAGAAUAUAGGAACAUGCAGAAAUUAUGGCUAUUGCGGUGGAAUUAUCUGAUGUUUUAGUUGAUUUAAUCACCAUCGCGGCUGUUACAAAGGCAAAAUAUGAUUUUUAUAUGAGAUUUGUAUUCAGUUACAUGAACAAAGCCAUGUACAUUGGAAUAAUUCGUGGUUAAUUAUUAUCUCUGUUUAGAUAUAUUCAAAAUGAAGUAGGCGGUGCAUUGACAAAUAGUUUUGACGAUGCUGAUAAUUAUAUAUACGUGAUUUAUAUGUGCACACAAUGACUUCAGGCAUUUAAAACGUGAAAAGUCAAAGCUGGUUUAUCAUGGUCAAGCAGAAGCGAAGAAGGCAGUGUAUUUUCAAAUGGUUUCGAUCAAGCUCAGAUUUUUUCGUAAGUUUUUUUAACAGGUGCACGAUACAGAUGAAGCAUUUAAAAUGCUAAGAUCAAAGCUGGUUUAUCGUGGUCACACAAACGCACAUAUCUUUCAGGGUGUAAAAUUCUCAAUUUCUGUUUCAUGUAUAAAGUAAUAGUAGCGACUGCUUCUAUGGAAUUGUGUGUCUUGUAGAGCUUAAGAAAUUUAAUAUGACUGAACUGUUUUAAAUUCUAUUGUAUGACCAGAUCUUGAGUCACAAACAUAGAAUAAAAAACAUAAUUAUA